CAUAACCCAUACGUCGUGGGUAAAAAUAGCGUAUUGGGUAUAUACCCGUAUACCCUCUAAUACACCAAUGGGUAUUACCCGGUAUACUUACCCGUGCCGCCGUAAUAAUAGCGCGUGCGACGCGAAACGCACCGAUCCACACGUCAUCGCGAAUCCUUACUCCAGCGCUCGCGCUCUCCAUCCGCCGUUUGGACGUCCGGAAGCUUUCGCAGUCCGCGUUCGGAACACGUUUUCGCGCCAUCAAAAAACCCCCGAGGAUCCCGGGCAAACAACGUUGUUUUUGAAUUCUCGUCGCGCUACAACACGAAUGCGUCUCACGUGCAUGACCGUGUUCCGUUGGUGACGCGCCGUUCGUUCGGACUAUCCGUUUCGGGUCCGCCAUCGCUGCUACCCCGUCACCCGUCCGUCACGAGAGCAACCAGACAGCACCGAGUUUUGCCGGUUUUCGCGCACCGUGUUGGUGUUGUUGACGUUCGCGUGAAUCUUCCGCGGAUUAAAAAUGGGGAAAUGUAAAUCUAUUUCAAGAAAUUCUCCGUGUGAAAAUUGUUUGAUAUGUACCAAAGUUACUAAGAUGCACGAAUUUAAUGACAUUCAUAAACUGUUGGUUGAAGUUGAGAUGUGGGAUUUAGAUAUUCCAAAUCAAUAUCAUUCUGAUAAGUGGAGUUAUGAAUGUCUUGUAUGUAAUUUUAAGACCAAUACAUUUAUUGAUUGGAAAUGUCAUAUUAUGUCUAUAUCUCAUUUAGCAGAUAGUCACAGGCUCAAAAAUUUGGUUUCACUUGUUGAUACUAAGAAAAAUAAUAAAAUGGUUAUAUAUGGAACAAACGAUUGUAUAAAUCAAUAUAAAAAAAAUCAUUCUGUAGGAAGCCAUUCAACUGGCAUACAAGCUCUUAUGUCUGAAGUUAUGAGAAGAUUUUUACUUAAACUUCCUCCAUUAUAUUAUUGUUCCCAUUGUAAAAAAUUUAGUAAUGAACCACUUCAUACAGAUAAGAAAUUGGUUGCUAGCCUAAAAGUACCCGUUGAAUAUUUUUGCAAGUCUUGUAGUGUUUAUUUUUAUUCUAGUCCUGAAAUGAUAGACUGUCAUUCUUUAACUGUUGAACAUUUGACUCUUAAGUGUUAUAAUCAUUUAUGUUCUAUUGCUAAGAUGAAUUCUAAAAAAAUGAAAUUAUCAGAAUCAGAACAAUUGGAUCAAUCUGAGAAAACUGAGAAUUUACCAAUAAUAGUAUUAAAUGGAUUCAUAAAAACUAGUAAAACAUUUGGUAAAUGUAAAUGUUGUGAUUCAUCAGUCAUUUGGAACAUGAAAUCAAUAGUGUCACAUUUGUCAAUUUGUCAAUACCGUAAUAAUUUGAAAGAAUUAAAUAUUUUUACAUCUUCAGUGUCUAUUUUUGAGUGUACUAUAUGCGAGUAUUCUACAGAAAUUUUUACUGAAUUUAUGAAGCAUAUCGUUACACAAAAACAUCUUUUAAUCUGCUACAAAAAUAAUUAUUAUUCCUUUUUUUGUAGAGAUUGCAAUUCACUUAUGUGUAGCUAUGCAUUUUCAAUAAUUAGUCAUUUGCUAGAAAAUCAUAAAAUUUGGAUAGAAAAAGUUCCUACAUUAUCUAAAUUUAUGAAAAAUGUCUUUAAAGAAUUUAAUAAAAAUCCAAAUAAAACUGAAAUUGUACAUUACCAUGGUGAUCAAGAUUCUAGUGCAUUAUCAAAAGUCUCAUUUCUAUGUUCUACUUGCAAAAUUAAAUUUCAUACUUCAAUUGAUGAUUAUAAUAUCCACAUGAUUACAAGUGAACAUAUUAUUUUAAAACUUAUGAGCCCAAAUAUAUCUGUGACUAUAAAGGACAAUUUUAAAACUACAGUUAAAAUUCCAGCUAUAAAAUCAAUAGUUCCAUUAAAUAAAAAACAUGUUUCUAUCAUUGUUGAUAGUAACAAACAGAAAAAUAAUGCUCUAAUAAAUAAAAAUCCAACAAAUUUUGAUGAUCCACUCCAGGGAAAUAUUAAAAAAUUGCAGAAGUUACUACCUGUGAACAAUAUUCUUCCUGACAAAUCAAAAAGUCCAGAAUCUAAUAACAAUAUUGAGUUGACACUUAGCCAGAGUCGAAACUCUAAUCAGUACACAAAGUAUUUUAAACAUAAAAUUAAGUUAUUAAAUUUAUUGAGACAGUAUAAAGAUCGUGUAUUGAACACUUUAUCAUACUGUUGUAUUGAAUGCGAUAUUAUAUGUGAAGAAAAACCUAUCUGGGACAAACAUAAUGAAACAAAACAUAUGAGUCAUAGUACUAGGACUACUAUAUUCUGUUCUACAUGCUCUAUGUUAAUUGUUGGCGAAAACGCUAAUGAUCAUAAUGGUACCAUGGAACACUGCAUUUUGUUGAAAUUUAUUCAAUCAUUGAAACCCGUUGAAGAAGAUUUAAUUCAAAAAACAAAAAUUAUGGAUACUGUUAAAAAUUCUACAUCUAUAAAUAAAGAGACAGAAAAGCAACAAUUGGAAAUGAAAAUUGUUGGUAGCACUAAAGAAUGUCAAUACCCUGUAAAAAGUAUUAAAAUCAAUGUUGGUAGUCAUACAACACAAAAAGCAUCACUUUUAAACAAGGAAAGUCUAGUUAUGAAUAACACCCUACCACCGAAAGAUAUGAAUGAUCAAAAUAAAUAUGAGAUAAACUCAAGAACUUCUAAUCCAGUAAAACUUAAUGAAAUUACAUCAACUCACAGUUAUUCUUUAAGUACAUCAUCAACUGUGGUAUAUCAGGAAGAUGUUGAAAUUAAGAAACACAAAAAUAUGAAUUGUAUAGAUAUAAUAAAUAAAGAUAACUUGACGCAUGAAGUGGAUAAGGAAAUUUUCUGUGAGCCACAUACUCAAAUCAAAACAGAAAUAUCAGAAGAUAUAGAACCAGACAAUAAAGUUGCAUCAAUUUCUAGCCUGUCAACUGCGCCAUUAUUGACCCAUGUAUCAAAUUUUUUUAAUACCGAACAGGCUAGUACAUUUAAUGAAGAUAAAGCAUAUGGUAAAUAUAUUACAAUGAGGCUUCAGCACUUCAAGGAUGAAACUGUUAAAAAAAAUAUCAUACUUGAGACAUUCAAUUUUAUUAAUAAGAAAGUAGUACCUGAACCAAUUGAUAAUGGAACACCAACGAAUGAAGGUCCAUUAAUAACUUAUAGUAACUUAUUAAAUCCGUCAUUGACAAAUAUGUUAAGUGAAAAUGUUGAUGGGAUUAAUCUUCAAGAAGAUUUAAAUUACGGGAAGUAUGUGACACUGAGACUUCGAAACAUAAAAAAUAAAAAAUUAAAACAAGAUAUUAAACUUGAAAUUGAUAAUAUAUUUUAUGUUAAAAUGAGACAAUCAGUUAUUUAGUUCUUAUAUUCAUUAAAUAGAUAUUUUUAUUUUAUUUUUUCAUUCAUAU